AUGGCCGGUCCCCACUACGACUUCCUCAUCAAGCUCCUCCUCAUCGGCGACUCGGGUGUCGGCAAGUCUUGUCUGCUUCUCCGCUUCUGCGACGACUCGUGGACCCCGUCGUUCAUCACUACCAUCGGCAUUGACUUCAAGAUCCGGACGAUUGAGCUCGAUGGCAAGCGCAUCAAGCUCCAGAUUUGGGACACCGCCGGGCAGGAGCGUUUCCGCACCAUCACGACCGCGUACUACCGCGGCGCGAUGGGCAUUCUGAUUGUUUACGACGUCACGGACGAGAAGAGCUUCAACAACGUGCGCACUUGGCAUGCGCAGAUCGAGCAGCACGCUUCGCCCGGAGUCAACAAGAUUCUUGUGGGCAACAAGUGUGACUGGGACGAGAAGCGUGCCGUCACGAUAGACCAGGGCCGCGCUCUCGCGGACGAGUUUGGGCUGCGCUUCAUUGAGACGAGUGCCAAGGCAAACGAGGGUGUUGAGGACGCUUUCUUCACGCUUGCUAGAGACAUCAAGACUCGCAUCAUCGACUCUCAGCCUCAAGCAGAGCAGCCCUCCGCGCCCAGCGGCGGUGUCAACGUCAAGGACAAGCAGCCUGCCAGCAGCAACUCGGGCUGCUGCUAA